CAAACGUAUCAGUCAGUCGAACAUUGCUAAGGUUACGUUCUGCCAGUUGAAUUUCAGUUCGCCUAGAAACGAACGUCUCGCUGAAGAUUUAAAGUAAUUAAUUUACACUAGUUUUAAUUGUUGUGUUCUUUGGUUUACCCUUUUUAUAAUGUCUGCAAUGUCAAAUAUGGGCGAACGUGAUGUAAUUUUCGAAUAUAAGGACGAAUCACAGGCAGAGAGAUUAGCGCGAAAAUCUGAGGAGGCGCCAUUUUUUCCUGUUGCUAUAACCGGAUGUGCAGCCGCUGUCGCUUAUGGCGCGUAUAAAUUCAAAAGUCGUGGCAUGAUGAGCCCCAGCGUGUUCCUAAUGCAACUCCGUGUUGGCGCACAGGGUGUAGCUGUGGGUGCGCUCACCCUAGGCUUAGUUUAUAGCAUCAUCAACGAACGUUUCCUAAAGAAGAAGUAAUUGAGGAAAAUGAUAACACUAGCCAAUUUGCUUAGGACACCACUCACUAGACAACUUAGUUCAUACUAAAACCUGAUGUAUAGAAAUAACCCCACCCCGAAUGUGGGUGCGCACACACAAAAUCUAUUUAUUUGUGAUAUUGUUUGUUUUGCUUUUAUUUAUUGUUUCCACUCAUUAUAUAUACUGCGUACAUUUUAUUAGUAGCGGGCGAAAUAUGGUUAAAUUGAAAUUAUUUUAUUGUUGAUUGAAUAUUGAAAAAACUCAGGAAAGGGUAACAGAUAAUGGAUACUAAAUUAACUUAAAUAAUGUUGUAAGAAAUAAAGUAUUGUACCUAAUUAUUGAUAAUGAGAAUAAUAUAAAUGAGUGUAAUUCAAACUGACAAAGAACAUAUAGCAAAUGCAUAAAUAUUUAAUUGUAACUUAUUUUUGUAAAUAAAUUCGUGUCCGCUAA